CUCGAUCAUCGCAACAAUCGUCAAAUUUCUCAUUUAUUGUCGAAAUUAGCUCCAUUCUGUAUUGAUGUCGGCACAGACCGACUUAAAGACCGAAGAACGAAUGUUUUCCCAUACAUUAAAGUUUAAACAUUCCCCGCUGGUUGACGAAUGAAGAACGAAUCGGUCCGACCCGGAUUAUUGUUGAUAGCUAGCGGGCUAGCUGAGCAGCUAGCUGGCGAGCCAGUCGAGAGGAGCUGCGAGAGAGAAGAAAGGGGGAGCUAGAGACACGGACACGGACACAAACCAAGCUAAAACAUUAUUCCCCUCCCUUUCAACGCAACAUCCGAAGAAAUAAGGAAAGGACUUUUCUCUGAAAUGUCAGUGGGUCCAAAGGAGACUGAACACAGUUCUUCAAAAAGGUGUUAGGAGAUGUGAGGACGGGUGUGUCGCCCAUUGACCCCCCUGAACUACCUGUGUAUCGGCACACUCCCCACCCCCACCUUCAGCAUGAAUGGGGAUAUGCCUCAUGUUCCCAUCACCACUCUCGCUGGGAUCGCUAGCCUCACAGACUUGUUGAACCAGCUGCCCCUGCCCUCGCCACUCCCAGCUACCACCACUAAGAGCCUGCUCUACAAUGGGAGGAUUGCAGAGGACGUCACCUGUCUGCUAGCAUGUCGCGAUGAGAACCUAGUGUCCCAGCUAGCCCAUGGCCUUAACCAGGUUUCCACAGAACACAUAGAGCUAAAGGACAACCUGGGCAGCGAUGAGCCGGAAGGAGAUGCCCCGCUGCUGCUGCAGACCAUGCUGGCCAGGAACCCCGGCAUCUUCAGGGAGAAAACAGACGUCAUGCAGCAGCAGCAAAUGGUACCGCAGUACAAACUCCCCCAGAAUUCCAUGCAUAGUCCAGCACAGUCGGGAAACUUUCAGCAGGCUGCCAUUUCUCCCAACCCAUCAAGCCGCUUCGUGUCGCCCCAGACUGGUUCCAGUAGCAGGUACAUGGGUCAGAACAGCCCCGUGCCCAGCCCCUACACUCCUCAGAGCCCUGCACCUGGCUACAUGCAGCAGUACCCUCACCCUCAACAGCCCCCAAGCUACAGCCAGCACCAACAGAUACAGCAAGUAUCUGUGGCUAGCCCCAUGGUUUCUGGGGGCAUAAGGAACCUGCAUGAGGGAAAAGUAUCUGGUCAGAUGACAAACGCUACCAACCACCACCCCGACCGGCAUGGCACUGACGACUACCUGAACAUUGUGCACCGACUCGGGAAUGAGGAGGGGGACGCAUCCAUGAGAAACGCCUUCCCGCUGAGGUCUCCCCAAUCUGGCUGCUCUCCAGCGGGAAGUGAAGGGACACCGAAACCGGGUUCCCGGCCUCCCCUGAUCUUGCAGUCACCCCCUCCUUACGCAGUUUCUCCGAGGGAGGGCGGGCCAGACCAGAAGCAACAGGCGCAACAGAGGAAAAAGGGCCCUGCUGUCAAAGAGGAGAAGGAUAUGUAUGACAUAGUCAGUUCUCCGAACAAGGACUCCACUAAGCUCACGCUCAAACUGUCCAGGGUCAAGUCCAACGAGUCGGACCCCCCAAGUGAGGCUAUGCCAGGCAUGGACCAGAAUUCUGAAAACAUGGAUACUGAGCUGGGCUUCCAGCAGGUGCCUGUGCUUCAACAAAACCUAGGGGCACGCCAACAGCAGACGGGAGGCUCCAGCGGCCUUCAGCCGCCUUCUUCCCCUUAUGACGAGGCAGAAUUGGAUGCUUUGGCUGAGAUCGAGAGGAUAGAGAGGGAGGCUGCCAGCGAGAAAUGUUCAAAGGAGGUGCAAGACAAAGACAAGCCGUUGAAGAAGAGAAAGCAGGACUCUUUCCCCCUGGUGCCUGGUGCAGGGGGGCCUGGGGGCCCCACAGGAGCCCCAGGCAGUGGCUCGGCAGGAGGCGGCAACGCUGGCAAACUGACCCCACAAGAAGCUACUGCUGCUGGGAACGGAGCAAGCCGCCCUCCCCUUAUGGUGAGCAUCGACCUCCAGCAGGCAGGCAGAGCAGACGGCCAACUAGACCCGUGUCUCGCUGCACCUAUUCCGGCCCUCGAGGCCCAACGUUGGCCCGAGGAGCCAGCUAGCGGCCCGGCCGCGGCGGAAGGCUCCGACACGGUCUUGCGGUUGAAGCCGGAUGGGAGACCCGAGGUGAUCAAGAACCGGGUGGACAAGCACGAAGGCAGGAAAGAGGGCAGGGAGUCGUCGAAGCACCGCCACGACGGAAAGCCCAACUCGGAGCGACGCAGCGAGUCGACAAAGUCAUCGAACCGCGGGGAACAUGGCCGGGACAGAGAGCGCGACAGGGACCGAGAGUCGGAGCGGGACAGAAGGCAUCGACCCGAGGCCGGUGGAGAGGCCCGCGACAGGCGGUCACCUGAGGCACGGCACCGUGCUGACCGUGCGGACCGUGCGGAUCGCGGUGACCGCGGUGAACGCCCCGACCGUAGCGAUCGCCCCGAACGAAGCGACCGCGGAGAUAGAUCCGGGUUCAGGUCCAGUUCCGCCGGAGAGCCUGGUCGGAGCAGCGGCCGACAAGAAGGGUCCAAAUCUUCUUCCUCUAGUUCCAAGAUUCCAGACUCCUUCCCUGUUCACCUGCUGGGAGGGCAGAGUGGCUCGCUGAAGAACUUCCAGAUCCCUAAGGUGAAACGCGACAAAGACGGCAACGUGUCGACGCCUGCGGUAGAACCGCACGGCUGGACGCAGCCCAAGGUGAAGCUGGAGAGACUGGGCCUGGUGGAGGACUUUGCAAAGAGGCCAAAGCCUGUAGUGGUGCUGAAGAAGCUCUCCAUCGACCAGGUCCAGAGGAUCAUCCGACACAGCAAGUCUGGAAAGAACAGGCACUCUUCAAGCAAGUCUGGGAAAAGUGGCAGCAUGGACCCCGCGGUGCUGAAGGAGCUGCCUCCAGAGCUGCUGGCCGAGAUCGAGUCCACCAUGCCACUGUGCGAGCGCGUGAAGGUGAACAAGAGGAAGCGAAGCACCGUCAACGAGCGGCCAAAGUACGCCGAGGUGGACUCGGACGACGACAACGCAGACGCCAACGGAGAAUCCGCGAGGAAGCGCCAGAAACGGGACAAAGUGGAACGCGUGGACAAGCCGUGUGAGCAGGAAGAGCGGGAGCGGCGGGGGUCAGGGGAGCACCGGCGGAGCAGCGGGGGCCACCGCGAGGGCAGUGGCCGGCGGGGCUCGGGCAGCCGGUACCGGGACUCUGAGGAGGACGAGUCCCCACCGCCCAGCAUCAGUGAAGUUGCGCGAAAGAUGAAGAUGAAGGAGAAACAGAAGAAGAGGAAAGCAUACGAGCCGAAGCUGACCCACGAGGAGCUGAUGGACUCGUCGACGUUCAAGAGAUUCCUGAAUAGCAUCGACAACAUCAUGGAGAACUUGGAGGACGCAGACUUCACGAAUAUAGAUGAUGAUGAGAUUCCGCAGGAGAUGUUGCUGGGUAAACACCAGCUGAACGAGUUGGGCAGUGAGUCAGCAAAGAUCAAGGCUAUGGGCAUCUCCAGCAGGAUCCCUUCUGAUAAACUGGUGAAGCUGCUUAACAUCCUAGAGAAAAACAUUCAGGAUGGCUCCAGGCUCACCACACUGAUGAACCAUGACCACGACGGCGAGGACGAGGAGAGGCUGUGGCGAGACCUCAUCAUGGAGAGAGUCACCAAGUCGGCAGACGCCUGCCUCACCGCCCUGCACAUCAUGACCUCCGUGCACAUGCCCAAGGCGGUGUACAUCGAGGACGUCAUCGAGCGCGUGCUCCAGUACACCAAGUUCCACCUGCAGAACACUCUCUAUCCUCAGUACGACCCCGUCUAUAGGGUUGACCCCCAUGGAGGAGGGUUGUUGAGCUCGAGGGCCAAACGGGCUAAAUGCUCCACACACAAGCAGCGAGUGAUCAUCAUGCUGUACAACAAGGUCUGUGACAUUGUGACAAACCUAUCGGAGCUGCUCGAGAUCCAGCUCCUUACAGACACCACUAUCCUCCAGGUUUCUUCCAUGGGGAUCACUCCAUUCUUUGUGGAGAACGUGAGCGAGCUGCAACUGUGCGCCAUCAAGCUAGUCACGGCGGUGUUCUCGCGCUACGAGAAGCAUCGGCAGCUGAUCCUGGAAGAGAUCUUCACCUCUUUGGCCCGGCUGCCUACAAGCAAACGAUCCCUGAGGAAUUUCCGACUGAACAGCUCGGACAAGGACGGAGAGCCUCUCUUCAUUCAGAUGGUGACCGCCUUGGUGCUGCAGCUGAUCCAGUGUGUCGUCCACCUGCCCAACGAUAAGGACGCCCUGGACGAGUACGACAGCAAGAUGGACCAGGAUCUGCUGAUUACCAACUCCUAUGAGUGCGCCAUGAGGACAGCACAGAACUUCCUGUCGGUCUUCCUUAAAAAGUGUGGCAGUAAGCAGGGUGAAGAGGACUACCGGCCCUUGUUUGAGAACUUUGUCCAGGACCUGCUGUCUACGGUCAACAAGCCGGAGUGGCCCGCUGCGGAGCUGCUGCUCAGCCUGCUUGGCAGGCUCCUGGUGCACCAGUUCAGUAACAAGCAGACUGAGAUGGCUCUGAGGGUGGCCUCUCUGGACUACCUGGGGACCGUGGCUGCUCGUCUCAGGAAGGAUGCCGUCACCAGCAAAAUGGACCAGAAGUCAAUCAACCGCAUCUUGCAAGAGGCGCCAGGUAAUGAUGAGACCCAGCAGCUGCAGAAGGCAUUACUGGACUACUUGGAGGAAAAUGCAGAAACCGACGCAUCCUUGGUUUUUGCCCGAAAGUUCUACAUCGCGCAGUGGUUCCGGGACACCACCACGGAGGCGGAGAAGUCCAUGCGGAACCAGAACCCCAAGGACGAGGACUCGUCCGACGACAAGCACCACGCCAAGGAGGUCGAGACCACCGGCGAGAUCAUGCAGCGCGCCGAAAAGCGCAAGAAGUUCCUCCGCAACAUCAUCAAGACUUCGCCGGCGCAGUUCGCCACACUCAAAAUGAACUCUGACACUGUGGACUAUGAGGACUCCUGUCUGAUUGUGCGUUAUUUGGCCUCUAUGAGGCCGUUUUCCCAGAGCUUUGAUAUUUAUUUAACACAGAUCUUGCGAGUCCUCGGGGAGAGUGCCAUCGCUGUAAGGACUAAAGCCAUGAAGUGUCUCUCUGAGGUGGUGGCCGUGGAUCCCAGUAUACUGGCCCGGUCGGACAUGCAGAGAGGCGUCCAUGGCCGUCUGAUGGACAACUCCACCAGCGUGAGGGAGGCCGCCGUGGAGCUGCUGGGUCGCUUCGUGCUCAGCAGGCCCCAGCUCACCGAGCAGUACUACGACAUGCUCAUAGAGAGGAUACUGGACACUGGUAUCAGUGUCAGGAAGCGGGUGAUCAAGAUUCUGAGGGACAUUUGUCUGGAGCAGCCCACCUUCAACAAGGUCACUGAGAUGUGUGUAAGGAUGAUCCGCAGGGUCAACGACGAGGAGGGUAUCAAGAAACUGGUAAACGAGACAUUCCAGAAGCUGUGGUUUACACCCACCCCAGCCCACGAUAAGGAAGCCAUGACCAGGAAAAUCCUCAACAUUACCGAUGUGGUGGACGCAUGCAAAGACACUGGCUACGACUGGUUUGAGCAACUGCUUCAAAACUUGUUCAAAACUGAAGAAGACGCCACUUACAAACCUGCCAAAAAGGCUUGCAUUCAGCUCGUGGACAAUCUGGUGGAGCACAUCCUCAAGUACGAGGAGUCCCUUGCAGGUGCUGUGCAUGCCCCUGUUGAGAGCAAGGGGGUGAACUCGACACGGCAGGUGGCUUGCAUCACCACCCUCUACCUGUUCAGCAAGAUCAGGGCCCAGCUCAUGGUCAAGCACGCCAUGACCAUGCAACCCUACCUGACAACCAAGUGCAACACUGCCAAUGACUUUAUGGUCAUUUGUAACGUGGCGAAGAUUCUGGAGCUGGUGGUGCCUCUGAUGGAGCACCCCAGUGAGACCUUCUUGGUCACCAUAGAAGAAGACCUCAUGAAGCUCAUCAUCAAGUAUGGCAUGACGGUGGUGCAACACUGUGUGAGCUGCCUCGGAGCAGUGGUGAACAGAGUCACACACAACUACAAGUAUGUCUGGGCUUGCUUCAACAGGUUUUAUGGUGCGCUGAACAAGUUGAAGGUCCAGCACCUUGAGGACCCGAACACCACCACGCUGGCCGCCAACAAGCCCUUCCUCCUGCGCUCGCUCUUCACCGUGGGCGCCCUCGGGCGACACUUUGACUUUGACCUGGAGGAGUUCAAGGGCCCCAACAAGGUUGUGAUCAAGGAGAAGGUGCUUGAGCUUCUUUUGUACUUCACCAAGCAUGAGGAUGAGGAGGUCAAGACCAAAGCCAUCAUUGGUUUAGGCUUCCUUGUGAUCAUGCACCCCAGCCAGAUGUUUGUGCCCGACGUGAAGAACCUGUACAACGGCAUUUUGGCCGACAGCGCCUCCUCCAUCAACCUCAAGAUCCAGAUCCUGAAGAACUUGCAGACCUACCUUCAGGAAGAGGACUCGCGGAUGCAGGAGGCUGACCGGGAAUGGAAGAAGCUGUCGAAGCAGGAGGACCUGAAGGAGAUGGGGGACAUCUCCUCGGGUAUGAGCAGCUCCAUCAUGCAGCUCUACUUGAAGCAGGUGCUAGAGGCCUUCUUCCACACCCAGUCCAGUGUACGGCACUUCGCACUCAACGUCAUCGCUCUUACCCUCAACCAGGGCCUCAUUCACCCAGUGCAGUGCGUUCCAUACCUCAUUGCCAUGGGAACAGACCCAGAGCCCAGUAUGAGGAACAAAGCAGACCAGCAGCUGGUGGAGAUCGAUAAAAAGUACACCGGGUUCAUCCAUAUGAAGGCGGUGGCGGGGAUGAAGAUGUCGUACCAGGUGCAGCAGGCCAUCGUCUCGUCGCGUCGUGCCCUGAUCAGGGGCUGGCGGCAGGACGAGACCAACUCUGCACUCUGCGCCCAUCUCUUCAGCAUGGUGCGGAGCAACCGGCAACACCGCCGCGCCUUCCUCAUCUCCCUCCUCAACCUCUUCGACGACAGUGCCAAGAUGGACGUCAACAUGCUUCUCUUCAUCGCCGACAACCUGGCCUGUUUCCCCUACCAGAGCCAGGAGGAGCCCCUCUUCAUCAUGCACCACAUAGACAUCACUCUGUCCGUGUCCGGAAGCAACCUUCUGCAGACCUUCAAAGAGUUUUUGCUGAAGGAGCCUGGGCGGAAGGAGAAGAAGGAGAAGAAGGUGAAGAAGGAGCAUAAGGCCGUGUCGGACAGCGAGGAGGAAGAGAAGAUGAACUGCGACUCUCCCGGGAGUGACGAGGCCCGGAGCGGCCACAGCGAGGACGACGAGGAGGAGGUGGUACGGCGGCCCAAGAAGUCCAGAAAACCUGUUGCGGAAUCCGAGAGCUCGGAAUCGGACCUGGAGGAUCUGGACAUCGAGGACGCGGAGAAGGUGUUGAGGCGGCUGCCGGAGAAUCCCACUGCGCUGAUGGACUUUGCUAACGCCGUGCAGGGGAUCCUGCUAUUGCUGGUGCUCAAACAGCACCUCAAGAACCAAUACGGAUUUUCUGAUAGUAAAAUUCAGAAGUACUCGCCAACGGAGUCCGCCAAGAUUUACGACAAGGCGGUGAACAGAAAAAGUACGGUUCACUUUAACCCGCGACAGACACUCGACUUCAUCUCAAACAACAUCGCCCACGCCACGCUCACCAAUGACAUCAAGAAACGGAUAGUCAAGCAGUACCUAGACUUCAAGGUACUGAUGGAACAUCUCGACCCCGACGAGGAGGACGAGGAGGGUGAAGCCUCGGCCAGCGCUAACAUCCGAAACAAAGCCAUAAACGCCCUUCUGGGAGGCUCCGGCCCCGCAACGGGCGCCAACACACGGAACCAGCCGGGCCCCGAGACCGACGACGACGACAGCGAGGGAGAUGAGAGAACCCCUGGGUCUUCUCGAAGGUCCAAGCGGUCAGGUGACUCCUCCGACCCGGGCCGCAUGAACGAGAACGUGGACUCCAUGGACGUCAUCGCCCUGUGCUGCCCCAAAUACAAGGACCGGCCGCAGAUAGCCAGAGUCAUCCAGAAGACCUCCAACGGAUACAGUAUCCACUGGAUGGCCGGCUCCUACUCGGGUCCCUGGGCAGAGGCCAAGAAACGGGACGGUCGCAAACUGGUGCCUUGGGUGGACACUAUUAAGGAGUCUGAUAUCAUCUACAAGAAGAUUGCCAUGACCAGCAACCACAAACUGAGCAACAAGGUAGUGCAGACUUUACGCUCGCUGUACGCUGCGCGAGAGGGAGGCGCAAGCUAAUGGCUCCAGUUUUCCUUUUUUUUUGUUUUGUUUUCUUGCCCCCAUUUCUACUUUAUCUACCGAGACGCCACCACCUCCUCCUCCUCCUCCUCCUCUCACCUCGUCCUGCUCCACCUCCACGCUCCUCGCCUCCCGACAACACAGCCAAACUUCACUGGAUUCCUCCCCAUCCUCCCUUCCUCAUUUUUUUUGUAAAAAAAACACAGGAGUGCAAGAAUAUUUGACACUACAUACUUUUACAUGCAUUAUUCUUGCAAAAAACGAAACAAAAAAAACAAAGACUUAUAAUAGAGAGACUGCUCAUGUUCUGUUUUGUGUUCGAGCGCCGAGGAUAGGAUCCAGGAGGCAUUAAAUGGAAUAAUUUGCCCACGUUAUCCCUUGAAAUGUCUUGCCGAAGAAGAGACCCGAGGGGAGGGAAAUGUUUCGUCAACAUUGUUGUGGGAGCUCCUUCGCUGUUGUGCAGCAGAAUCUAGUCGCUCAUUUCUACUCCCACUGUAUCAUAGUUUAACACGACAAAAAAGUAAAAUGUUUAUAUCUCUGAAGACAAAAAAGCUGUAAAAAAAGAAUAAAACCUAAGUGAAUGUUGGAAAUUAGUCUUUUUGAUGUUCUUAUUAAAGUGUUUUUGGAGUUUAUUAUAAUACUAGCACCCUGAUGUUUUUUUUCCUUUUAGCUUUUAGAUCUUUGAAAAAGAAAACAAAUACGGAUUUUAUUUUUGUUCAUUUUUAUUUGUCCAUGCUGUAUAAUGGCAGAUUCCUCUGGAUAUAAUUUAUUCUAUUUCGAACUACGCAUGCAGUAUAUGUGGCCUAUUGCAGGAGGAUAUUUUGUAAAUGUAGAUUUUGUUGUUUUAGGUCACUCUAGUAAUAAGAGGAAGGGGAUCCUUACCCCCUUUUGGUGGAACAAAUACUGCAAUAAAUUUUCUACUUCUCUUUGUCA